AUGAGACUCGCCCACCUCCACCUCCCAAACACCACAUCCUUCGCCCGAGUCUCCGCGCUCCAACAAGCCCUCACAACCCGCUUCCUCACGCACAAAAAGCUCGCCUCACCAGCUUCCAUAUCCUCCCAGAACCCCAAUGGCACAUCACACACGACACACCAAACACCCUCACCACCCCCAGACCCAACAAUCAUCACCUUCACCCCAAACCCCGUCUACACCACCGGCCGCCGCGACCUCCCCCCAUCCAACACGUGCUCGCCAGACCCAUUAAAUCUCUCACUGCCACCACCCCUCGAACCAAUCCGCUCGCUACUCACACCGUCAGGGUCAACCCCUGCUAAAGCGGAGUACCACCCCACACUGCGCGGCGGCCAAACCACCUUCCACGGCCCGGGCCAGAUGGUCGCAUACACAAUCCUAGACCUGAAACGACUCAAUCUCACCCCGCGCUGCCACAUCCGCGUCCUAGAGAAUAGCGUCAUCGACCUGCUAAAGCAAUACGGGGUUAACGGGUUCACCACAGAAGACCCUGGUGUAUGGGUAUUCGACAAAGCGAACGCAAACGCCAACUCUAGUUCAGGGGCGCCGAAAAAGAUAACCGCGGUGGGGGUGCAUUUACGGCGGAAUAUUAGCAGUUUUGGGAUUGGGUUGAAUGUUACUGAGGAGCCGAUGUGGUAUUUUCGGCAGAUUGUGGCGUGUGGGCUUGAAGGGAAGGAGAUGACGAGUUUGGAGGGGGUGGGUGUGAGGGGGCUUGAGAUUGAUGAAGUCGCGGCGGGUUUUGUGCAGAGGUUUGUUGAGAGGGUGAAUGAGGAUUUUGCGUGUAAGAAGGGGGGGGGGGGAGAAGAUUGA